AUGGAUCCCAUCCAACAUCUUUUCUUAGAUAAAAUUAGAGAGUACCGUUCAAGAUCUAAACGUGGUGAGUUAGUUGAUGUCACAGCAGAAUCUGAAGCCGCCUUACAGGAAAUGCUAGGUAAUCUGGAGAGGGCGUACGGAUCUAAAGUUGUGGAUAAGACCCAGUUUCCCAAAUUGCAGUUUUCAGAACCCACUAUUGCUUGGCCCGGGCUGAGUGAUGAGCAGAAAGCCAACAUUGAUCAAGCAGUUAAAGCUGAAGAAGCAGAACAGAAAAUAGCUGCCGAGGAAGAAGAGGAAGGUGAUGGUGAUGAAGAACUUCUUAAACUUUAA